GCCGCGCCGCACAUCCCGCUCCUUCCACUCCGCGGCCAGACGCACCGUGACGCGCACGAAGCACCCGCCUAGGUUUACCUGUGCCAGCUUCUCCGGCCCGGCCCCUUUCUUCUUCUUCUUCUUCGGCCGCUACCGUCCAGUGAAAGUCGGACGGAGAGAGGAAGUCAACGCGCUGCUGAUCCGAAGGACAGCGGACGGACACGCGGCCCAAAGACAAGCCGCAACUUGGCGGAUUCCUGGCCCGGCGGUCUGCGCUCGACUCCGCAAGUUUCUCGCGCCGAUCCGAGAAGGAAUAACCGGGAGCCCCGCUCGCCCCGAACAACCCCCCCCCCCCCCCCACCCCGCCAAAGCUACGUAGCGCAGUGGUGGAUAUUAACGUCCACCUCGGUUUCCGCUCGGAAGAAUGGCGAGAGAUCACCCGGUCCCUCCGGCGAGGAACGCUUGGCUGACGGCGGCGAUCCUCCUCGCAGUCCAAGGAAUCGGGGCUCAGAAAGUGCGAGUAGAGGACGAGCUGGAGGCGUAUCCCACUGAGUCUGUUGAUCUCCGCUGUGAAUUCAUCGAUGGAGGAGGCAAAACCAAACUCACACAGGUGUCCUGGAUAUGGGAACCCAUCGACGGUCAAAGGGACAACAUUGCUGUGUACCACCCGACCUACGGGCAGAGCUUCCCCAACCUCUCCUUCAAGGACCGCGUGGUCUUCCUCCACAGCAACCUCGAGAACCCGUCCAUCAGGAUCUCCGCCCUGAAGAUGUCGGACGCGGGGCGGUACACCUGCGAGUACGCCACCUACCCAACUGGAAACGAGCAGGGGACGACCAGCCUCGUCAUGCUGGCCAAGCCCAAGAACUCUGCUAACGCCGUGACGGUCCAGGCCGGCCCCAAGUCGGUGGUGGUGGCCCAGUGCGAGGCGGCAGACGGCAAACCGGCAGCCGCCAUCAAGUGGCUGUCUUCACUCGGGGGGAACCACACGACCAGCACCACCAGCGGGCCGGACGGCACGGUGACGGUACGCAGCGAGUACCGCCUGGUCCCCACGGCGGCGGAUAACGGCGGGGAGGUGACCUGCAUCGUGGACCAGAGGACGCAGGACCGGCCGUGGGUUCACCCUGUCAAGCUUUCCGUGGAGUACCCCCCAUCCGUGUCCAUAGAGGGCUACGACAACAACUGGUACGUGGGCCGCUCGGACGCCGUGCUGCUCUGCAUGGCCCACGGCAACCCCGCGCCCACCGACGUCACCUGGACCGCGCUCUCCGGGGCUCUGCCGGACACGGUGGUGGUGAGCGGAAACAAGUUGACGGUGAGGAAGGUGGACGACGCCGUCAACACCACCUUCAUCUGCGAGGUCAAGAACAAGCGCGGCGCCAGCCAGCACCAGAUCACCACCAAGGUCAUCGAGACGGAGAGGCUGAUCACUCCGGGCCCGUCGUCGGGUGCCGUCAUCGGAGGUAUCCUCGGCGCCCUCGCCUUCAUCGGCAUCGCCGUCGCCAUCGUCUUCUACAUCCGCAAGCACCGGGAGAACAGAGAGGGACCCCCCAAGCACAAGCCCCCUCCCCCUGACAAGGGAGGCAGCGCAACAGAGAUGCUGAACAAGCCAUUGGCGCCUCCCACGGCCACGGAGACGGCCCCUCUCAGCCCUGGAGAGGUUUACUACGAGCCCACGGGGGGAGAGCCUGUCACGAACCUGGAUGAGGAGACCGGUGGAGCCCUGAAUGGCGGCGCCCCCCCCGUCCUGCACGACCCGGUCGGAUACGACAGAGCAAACGAACUCGCCGCCGAUGGUCAGCGCGGCAACAACUUGGAUUCGUUCAGUCACGAGCAACCGGCUGCCAACAUCUCCCGUGGCGAGAGCUUCGUAUCUCCCGCCAUGUACGUGUAGCCUCUGGCAACCACGGCCACCGCAUUCGCGGCCAUACAGGCACAUUCCAGGUCACCUAAAUUUGCAUGAAAGGCAAAAGGCAAGCACACUUGUUUCCACACUAAAAGGUUUAAACCCACACACGAUGACAUUCUUUACCAGGCCCAUUUAUUGGGUAUUUUUUGGGACAAAACAUUUAUGCCUCUCCCCAUGACAACAGCAGCGAGAAGCAGUAUUUUCAUUUCUAAUGAAGCCACUUGUGACUAAUGACAAAUAGUAAUGUAAACAAGGGUAAAAAAAAUGUUUGAUUUGUAUUCAUAUUUGUAACUCUUGCAUGCCUCCUACACAGUUGUAAUCAUCAUAACAUUUCGAAUACCUGAUACCUGAAAAGUAAAACAUAAAGCACAGUUUAGUAUAGAGACACAGUAGUUCAUGAUGAGUGAGAUCAUGUGCAUUGCGUAGAGUGAGGCAGGCUUUUACAAUAUGUUAAUUACAGGGUUGAGAGGUGUUGCAAUGCAGGUGAACUGGAACACUCCCCUCAGCUAAAUAACCACCAGUGGGCCUGUGGGAUGCUUGCUAACCUAAAUUUCAGCCAAAAAACAAACUAGCAAGACAACAGCGUUUCAGUAUGAAAUACAAUAUGCAACACUUUUUUCCAUGGAAUUACUACGUACCACAUCCCAAAAUUAGUGUUUUAUUUGAAGAUACCACUCGUGGGCUCUUCUGUUUACAGGUGUGGAAAAUGAUUUGAAUAUCUCUAUUUAAGGAUUAAACAUGCAGCCUUGCAACACUGAGGAAGUAAAAAAUGACCAUCUUUGAAAUCUGUUUAAAGAACUAUUCUUCCACGGUUUGUUUGGUUUUAAUUACACACCCUCUGAAUACGGUCCCAGAAAGACCGAGGCACGUUGCUCUACAAGCAGCUUCAAUUAAUCACCCAAGAUCUUUGAAAGUAUUUUAGUCCUUUAUCAACUCGAACAAUAGUUUCAAAAAAUAUGUAUUUUUCCAGGCUACAGUCCAGUAAAGAAACAUUCCACUGUAUUGUGUCGUCAAAAAAAGGCAUGUCUUUCCCCGGAGCGACCCGUUGCUCGUUAGCACUAAUGAAAGGGAAGUGACAUUGUUCUGAAGCGCCGUAACCUGGCAACAUCACAUGAUUAAGAUUCCACGAUUCAUAAUUGCAAGAGUUGUGUGUGGGGGGAUGAAACCCGGUUUACAGCAAGGCGCACACACAAACCACAGGACUAAAAACAAGCCUUGUUUGUAUUCAGUCCUCCUAGAAUAAAUUCCAUUAAUAAGGCUGAGAAAACAUCAUGAGGAUUGUAUUUUCAGAGUGGGAAAAUGCUCAGCACGUAUCAGAAGAUUAGUGCCAUUACAGCCAUUUUAUCAAAUUAAAAUGGUCACAUGCUCUGACAUAUGCACAACAUUUUACGUGUAGAAAAUAUGCGUUCUGCGUUUUUAGCCAAUUUUCAACUUCAAAGAACAAAAGUCAAUGAACAACUAUGCCUGACUGAAUCCAAAUUGCUCAUAGAUGACAGAUGGUACCAAAUGAUCAACAACCAGUGUAAAUAGUACUGAUGAUAUUGAUGAAUAAUAUAUUGUUGGUGAAUUGUGUACACAUAAAAAAAAUUAACCAGAGUAGGUGUUAUCAGUGCCUCUGCACAGGGGAUGGAAGUUUGUUUAAUGUCACAUUGAGUGGUUAAAAAAACACAAAAAAACAAAGUGUAUAUUACUAUUUUAUUUUUCACGGGUAUAUUGAGGUGGUCACUUCAUACAAAAAUGUUUUAUUUGAAUAUAUGACAAAAAAAAUGAAAUGGUGUGGAUUGUACUCCUGUUCAUAUUACUCUGCAUGGCAUGAUCGGUGGCUUGUUGAAACACUUUUCCCAAGGGUUGUUUGCGGAAAAAUGUUCUCCAUUCGUAAAAGCAUUUUUGAAUGUCCAAAAAACGAAAGAAAAAGAAAGGUUGUUUUUUUUGUUGUUUUUUUUAAAUCUCCAUCCCAGUGCAGCUGUCACAUUCACGCAAACCAUGAGCACAAGUCCAAUUUAAGUUGAGAGAACGGGAGGUUUUUUUCUUGUGCGUAGCGGCUCGACAGGGUUCCUGUUUUCCGUUAGUAGCGUUGAUCCAAAUAUCCAGUCAGCACGAACCGGUCGUUUCUUGUGGCGCUCAGAGUAUAAACAACCCGUAGAGGCAAUCUUUCCUCUCUACUCUAAUCCUGAGCUCCUGCUUGAGGCCUUGAGGUACACAGAUACCUCACAUCUGAGCUGUGAUGUUGACAGUCCGAAAGACAAGAUUUUACUAACCAGAGCCUUUAUCCAACAUGUUAAUUCUCCCAACCCGUCAUAUACAGAUACUUAAUUCUCUGGCCAUGGUUGUUAUAUGAAUCAAAUUUAAACUAUAUGAAUAAUAAUAUACUAUUAUACAGACACAACUUAUAAAAUCUACUGUAAUCAGAGAUAUGCGUUAUGUCAUUGCAACCACUGACAAUGGACAUGACACCAUCUUUACCCAGAGCUAGCUGCUAUGUAGCAGCAUGACACCAUGUGAUUUAAGCUAGCAACACUAAUUCAUCAACACUUGCCAACCUUUAGCCAACAAGCCAAAGACAGUAGCCAAAAACUUUCUGUACUGCUGUGAAUGUAGCUCAGAUUCCAACAUGCAAGACGAAGGCCUGGCUCAUUCUAAUCCGCUUUGUUUUUGUGUCUCUCUUAAGCUCCUCAGCUAGCUAGCUCUUCAUUAGCGACCGUUUCUCUGUCACUACCUCCCUUUUUCCAUUUAUGCACCUAUUUAGGAAUCCAUUUUGCACCCAAUUUUUGAACCCGGAUAAAAUCUAAAACUUUGACGCUUUAUGACACAAAUUUGAUAUAUUCCCUUCAAAAUCUGAGUCUGAUUUAGAGUUUUUAUAAGAUUAAGAUUCUUCUAUUGAUUUUUCAGCACGUAUCUGUUCAUCUCUACCUCCCCCUUUGUUAAGUUAGCUACUUAAGAAGUAGGGCAACUAAUAGGGCAAGUACCCUCGCACGAAUAAAGCGUAGCAAAAAUUCACUUCGCUUUUGGUGUGAACGCAACAUUAGUUAGCUGAGUUCAUCUUUUCCUCCGGUCUCAAUUACAAUGGACACCCGAUGUGACCCUUUACGAGCAAAAUUGACCCAGGGGGCACCUACAGGUUUACAGUUUGACCCAAAGGCCACUGACCGAGAUUCUGUAUUGAAUGAGGUUCUCCAAAUCACCCUAAAAAGUACAUUGUCAGGGGGCAGUUACAUUGCAAAAUUGGAAACAGUUUGCUAACAGCAGCAGAAGACAAACUAAAUUGAUAAAACAUUACAGCAAGAGAAACAUUUCUCAGCACAGCUUUCCCAUUUUGCCAGUCUUGCACAAGUUUCAAUAUUUUAUUUUUGGGACGUAUGACAAUCAUCUGUUAAUAUUGAAUUGUUGCUAGCUUUGGUGGCAAGUGUUCAUGGGGUUUCAUUUAUGCAGCAGAAAGUCAUUCUGACUAGCUUAAAUGGCGCCGUGUCAGUUUCCCAGAAAAAGAGAGGUCAUGAAGCAGAAUUAAAUUACAUUUUCUUUUCUUUUUUUGUGAACAAAUGAAUGAUUACUUAUUUUUCAGUGUAUUAAUUGUUGGGUGCUGUUGGAUAGAUUAAGGAAAAAGGGAAAGACAUCAUUGGGACCAACUAUUACACAGAAAUAGUUUCGUAUUGAGUUUCAGCUCGUUCGGUUUUGCCCAGAGCCUUCGAUCUAAUAGAGCUCCUUCAUUCGGAGGUAUCUGGAAUUACAAUCUAGACAUCACCAGGAGUGCUGUCAGCGAGCUGUCAACAAAAACGGAAAUUGCUCAGAGAUAUCAGUUUCGAGUCUGCUUACAGGCAGUACUGCUUGAGUCAUCACUUAUACGAGGGUAGGAAGUAGCUCUUACAUCAAGGACCCCAUGUCCUUCCCGUCUGCAGGAGCUGCAGGGUUGCAUUUCAGGUGCUUUGCUCCGUCCCCGCGUCCCCCGUUCCGGGUCCAAUGCCAGAAACACAAGCUGUGAAUGUCCUCAAUAACGAAUCUGUUCCUUCUCUCUUUUCCCCCCUCUUAUUUUUUAACCCCCCCAAUCACACACACACACACACCUCACCGUUCUCUCCCUUUCAACCAUUGUCAUCACAGCUUCUCAUCACAGAGCCAGACGUGCCUUCUUUAUGUUAUUUUUAGCUUUUUAGUUUUCACUUCUUGUCCUGACAGAACAACAGAUCAUGAAAUGGGGAAGAACACAAUGGGUUAGACGUCGAUGAUGGCAAUGCUAGAAAAAAAGGAAUAAAAACAAACGCUCACACACUGAUGGAGAUGUAAACCGAUUUUGUGUUUAUAGAUUUUCUUUAAUUUGUUGUAGAUGGAUUAUCAUUUUGUAUGCUUUAUGGAAACCCUAUUGUACAUGUUUUACAGAUCAUUGUCUUGUCAAAUAAAAUGUACAAGUAAAAGCA